AUGUACGGAGAUCAAGCCCUUCGUCUCGUCACAGAAUGUCGCAACAUGGAGGCGACGGGUAGCUUGAAGCCCUACAACGAAUCACUCGUUCGCCUCAUCCUCCUCGAAACGCGUCAAAUCCACACCUCCCUCUCUACGCUCCUUUCCUCCCUCCCACCAGGAACAGACGUAGACGUUGCAGCCCAGUCGGACCUCUCCCUCGGCGCUCAACUCUUGACACUACACCACUCGGCUCAACGAAACAAGCGCUGUCUGCUCGCGUACCACGAAUGGCGCAUGGGCUGGCUGAAACGCCGUCUCUGGGCGAGGGGAGGGGCACUCGGACUGGUACUCGAGGAGAAGGAGGAGAGGGGAUCAACUUCGAGUGUCACUGCGGCUGCGGGUGGGGAGGGACAAGGAGCAGGAGCAGGGGCAGCAGCACGGGCAGAUGUACGCUCUAAGCUCUCCCCGCAGGAGCUCACUUGGUUGCGCGAUUACGCUUCUCUCGUGACAGCCUUCAAGUCCGAGUUACUCGACAUUACAGACCUGACCGCCCCUCUGGGUCAGGCGGCUGGGAGAUCCCAUGCUGACGGCGGUGGGAGUAUCAUCGGGUGGGGUCCACCCAAGGAGCUCAUGGUCACCGUCGUGGCUACACGGGAUGCGCGAGAGGUCAUGACUGAAAUGGGGAUGCUGAACCUGAGGAGAGGUGAGAGGAUGAGAGUCAGGCGGACCGAGGUAGAGGGGCUUAUCGUGAGAGGAUGGUUAGAGGUGUUGGAGGAGUAG